AUGUCGGCUGAAAAGUUGGAGAAUUUGUCAAUUAACCAAGCGGGAGAAGGGAGUACUCUGGAACAGACCCUGGGCCCUGCAGAAGGCGAGGUUAUUCUUGGUGAAGAUGGUCAACCUUUGUCUAAAAAGGCAUUGAAGAAAUUACAAAAAGAGAAGGAGAAACAGGCUAAAAAGGCAGAAAGAGAGGCUCAAUUGGCUAAAGAGAAGUUGGCAAGAGAACAAGAAGCAGCCAAUGAUCCAGCAAAAUCCAAUUAUGGGAAAUUACCCCUUAUAAACUCGUCAAGUAAGUCUGGCACUAAAAGAGUUAAUUUGUCAGACUUGUCGGCUGCCAAUGACGGUGAAACCGUCAUUUUUAGGGCGAGAGUGCACAAGACAAGACAACAAGGUGCUACCAUGGUCUUCCUUACGUUGAGACAGCAAACGAAUUUGAUUCAAGCAUUAUUGAAAACCAACAAGGAGGAGGAUAAUGACAAGGCUGUUUCGAAACAGAUGGUUAAGUGGACGGGUGCAAUAAAUUUGGAAAGCAUAGUGUUAGUCGAGGGUAAAGUGGCCAAGGUUGAAGAAUUGGUGAAAUCAGCAACAGUGCAAGAUGCCGAAAUCCACAUAACAAAGAUUUUCACAAUCCAAGAAACUCCUGAGCAGUUGCCCCUUUUGAUAGAGGAUGCUUCAAGAACAGAACAGGAGGCCGAGGAAUUGGGUUUGCCUGUUGUCAACUUAGAUACCAGAUUGGAUGCCAGAGUCAUUGAUUUGAGAACCCCUACAAACCAGGCAAUCUUCAAGAUUCAAUCGGGAGUGUGUCAGUUAUUUAGAGAAUUUUUAACAAGGAAAAAUUUCACUGAAAUUCACACACCAAAAAUUAUUGGUGCUGCAUCUGAAGGUGGUUCGAAUGUGUUUGAAAUCAACUAUUUCAAGGGAUCUGCAUUUUUGGCACAAUCUCCACAAUUGUAUAAGCAGCAAUUGAUUGCAGGGGAUUUUGAAAGAGUAUUUGAAAUUGCUCCUGUUUUUAGAGCCGAAAAUUCAAACACACACCGUCACAUGACUGAGUUUACCGGGUUAGAUUUAGAGAUGGCUUUUGAAGAACAUUACGAUGAAGUAUUGCAAGUGUUGGAAGAAUUGUUUUUAUUCAUGUUUACAGAAUUGAAAAACAGAUAUAGUAAAGAAAUUAGCACUGUUAGAAGACAAUUUCCAGUUGAGGACUUCAAGAUACCAAAAGACGGUAAAAUGGUUAAGUUGCACUUUAAGGAGGGUAUAGCAAUGUUGAGAGAAGCAGGUAAAGAAGUUGACGAUUUUGAAGACUUGUCUACCGAAAAUGAAAAGUUAUUGGGCAAAUUGGUGCGUGACAAGUAUGACACUGAUUUUUAUAUCUUGGAUAAAUUCCCAUUAGCAGUUAGACCAUUUUAUACCAUGCCAGACCCCGAAGAUCCAAGGUAUUCCAAUUCAUAUGAUUUUUUUAUGAGAGGUGAGGAAAUAUUAUCUGGAGCUCAACGUAUUCACGACCCAGAUUUAUUGAAAAAGAGAAUGCAAGCUCACGAAGUUGACCCUAACGUACCCGGUUUGAACAAUUACGUUGAUGCAUUUACCUAUGGAUGUCCACCGCACGCAGGUGGUGGUAUAGGAUUGGAAAGAGUUGUUAUGUUCUUCUUGGACUUGAAGAAUAUUCGUCGUGCUUCAUUGUUCCCUAGAGACCCAAAACGUUUGACACCAUAA